AUGGUCAGUUAAACGUAUGAUAUCUUAAUGGUUAAUAAUGUUAAUCAGGAGACAGUAGUAUUGGAAUUGAAAGGUCUGGAUACGAUAGCUUCAAUAUAUCUGGCGUCGAAUGAGACUUUCAUUGGGAAGACGGAGAAUAUGUUUAGAAGUUACUCUUUUCUGGUCGAUAACUCAAUGUUGAUGGAAAAAGAGAACGGAAUCAUUGUUUUAUUCGAAUCCGCGGUCGAUUAUGCACAGAAAAAAUACGAUGAGUACCAGGUACUGUGACAUUACUUUUUUCAACGAAAAUCUUUAAAAUAUAUUCCAUAAAAUUUAUUUGCCAUUAGAAUGCCACAGGAAAUAAGAUCCCGCCAGUUGAAUCCCCAAAGGCCCAAAAGGGAGAUCCCCACGUUAAUUUUAUCCGGAAAACCCAAUCCAGUUUUAGCUGGGAUUGGGGACCGUCCUGGCCCACCCAGGGAUUUUAUCAGCCAGUUUAUCUGCAUACUUUCACUCAUUUCAAAUUAUCAUCAUUCUCUCCUUAUAUCUACUUUAAAGAUGGUGGUAAGAAUCGGCUACCAUAAUAAUAAUUUCUUCUUUUAGGGUUUCAAAUAAAUGUCCAAAUUAAUUAUUUUUGUAAUCCAAAUCUCCAUUUCGAUUUACAAGCUCAUAUUGAAAUUGAUGAGCUAAAAUUUGCCAGGAGUUACGUCAAAAAUGAAAAAUGCAACACGUUUGAAGGUUAUGUUAGAGUAACGGAACACAUUAGAGAUCGGAACAUCAAAUUAUGGUAUCCUCGGGGAUAUGGAGAACAAAAACUGUAUAAUAUUACUCUCACAAUGGCCAGUGAACAAGGAUCCGAGUCUAUUUCUAAGCUGGUUGGAUUCAAGAAAGUUAGAUUGGAGCAGAAUUUAAUCGAUGAAACGGAUCCAAAAAAGGGAAAGGAGUUUGCAUAUUAUGUAAAUGAUAUACCCAUAUUCCUAAAAGGUAUUCUCUUUUCAAACUACCGGCAAUAUUUAGGUGCGAAUAUGAUCCCGGCUUCUCUCUUCCCGUCAAAAUUCACGCAAAAAGAUCUGGAUUUCCUAAUUCUCUCAGUUAAAGAGGCCAAUAUGAAUACCCUGAGGGUAUGGGGUGGGGGCGAAUGGCUCAGAGAAGAGUUCAUUGCUGCCACUGAUGAGGCCGGAAUACUCGUUUUCCACGAUCUAACCUUUGCUUGUGCUUUAUAUCCAACUGAUGAUGACUUUAUUGGAAAUAUAAAAGAAGAAAUUACAGAGCAGGUAGAACAAUACACGACGCAUAGAUGUUUUCAGGUGUUGAGAUUAAGAUCCCAUGCUUCUUUAUUAACUUUCUCAGGAAAUAAUGAGAUCGAGACAGCCAUAAGAUCACAAUGGUGGCCAUCGGAAACAUAUAACGAAACGAAACAAGUAAAAGAUUACUUAAAAUUGAUGAAAGUAGCGCUGGAAACUGUAAAUGAAGUAUAUCCAAAUGGAAUUAUCACCAGAUCCAGUCCUUCGAAUGGAGGUGCAAAGCUGUAAGUCGCUCUAAAUAUUCCAAAAAUUGAUUGUUGGCGACUCUCUCAACCUCCAAUUCUUUCCCUCGAACUUACAUAGAAUCAAAGUACAAAGUCUUCACCAGAUCAGUUUCUCCUGUUCAUUCGGCGUCUACCGCACUCAUGUCUGAGCCAACAAACUAUUCUACUUUAUUUCGUCUACUUCUUCUAUACAUCGCAUUGUCUUCUCAUGAUUAAAAUGACUUUAGAGAAGUGGAUCGAGAUCCAAACAGUGAUUUCUUCGGGGAUAUCCACUUUUACAACGAGCUCACCAAUCUUUGGAAGCCCUAUAAUCUCCCGACUCCUCGCUGUGCCACUGAAUUCGGUGUUCCUUCAUUCCCACUGUCCACGACCAUGAAGAAAUACGUUGAAGAGAGUGAAUACACCUACUUCAGCAAGUCGAUGAUGGCCAGGAAUCGUCACUUCCUGGGGCUAUUUACCCUGCCCUUGAUGGUGGCCAAUCAUUUUACAUUCGAUGUCUCUGAUUCCCUUGGAUCUUUCUCCUUUCUCUCCCAAAUCCAUCAAGCGAUCACUCUGAAGACACAAAUUGAACAUUAUAGAAGUCAAAGAAGUGUCCUGGAAAGGAAUGGGAAGGGGAAAACAAUGUGUGCAUUGUACUGGCAACUGAAUGAUGUGUGGAGUGGGAUCACCUGGAGUACCCUCGACUUUGAUCAGCGAUGGAAAGUGGCUCAUUAUUAUGUUAAGAAGGCCUUCGAUGAAGUAAUUGUCAGCAUGGUAAGGAGACUUUUGCAGAGAACUUUGUUUUCAGUAUAUUGACAAAGAUGGAAGUCUCAAAUUAUUUGUGAUCAACGAUCUUCUGACCCCCUUACAUGACGCCAAACUGAUAAUUCGAGGAACCAAAUUGAAUUCCAAAUUUUCGAAAAGGGUCUUGUCGGAAAGCACUAUUAAUGUUCCCCCAUUAUCGUCCCAGAAGAUAACCAUAUCCACCGAUGCGGCGCUUGCCAGUUACUUUAUUGAGGCGUCUUUGAUGACAAAUAACAUCAGCAAAGUCAGCGUUCUCCCACCGAAUUACUUAUCCCAAUAUUCGAUUGGGAAUGUGGAUAUCUCCAUAAAUGGGAUUGUUAAAACGACGGAGAAUACCUACAAAUUAAAGCUCAGGUCGUCUGAUGUGGUUCCUUAUGUUUGGUUGGAUCUAAGGCCCGAAUUGCUGACAAAGGAUAUCCGAUAUUACUUUAGUGACAAUGGAUUUAUCGUGUUGGACACCUUGGUAACAGUAACGCUGACAGUGACAGCAGGGAAUAUAACCGAGAUCACCGAAAAGGACAUUACUCUCUGCUGGAUAUACAAAUGCAAUUAA